GUGCAGCUGAAGUGAAGGGAGUGGAGUGGUCGGUGCUUGAGACUUUUGGGUGAUCUUACAAACUCUCUCUUCACGGGACAGCAGGGUCAUUUCAUAUAUGAUAACCCCGCGUGGACUGAGUGUGGGUCCUAAAUGGGUUUUGCGCACGAGCCAUGGUCCCGAUGUUACGGUAACAACUUGGAAAUGACACAACAGCACUGCACAAACUCAUACCAGAUUGUGGAAACUGUGAGUAUGUAAAGACGCAUUUCACCUAAGCAUGGAAGACUGGGACAUCUUUGAUAUUUCUCCACUUGAAUAAAAACCAUAUUAACUAUUGUCUGGCGAAGAGGGCAGAGAGGAUGUCCAUUCCCGGGACACCCACGAGUAAUGAUGCGUGUCUGAGUAUCGUGCACAGCCUCAUGUGUCACAGACAGGGUGGCGAGAGCGAGACUUUUGCCAAACGAGCCAUAGAGAGCCUAGUGAAGAAGCUGAAGGAGAAGAAGGACGAGCUGGAUUCACUGAUCACAGCGAUAACCACCAACGGAGCACAUCCAAGCAAGUGUGUGACCAUCCAGAGGACUCUAGACGGACGGCUGCAGGUGGCAGGUCGUAAAGGCUUUCCUCAUGUGAUCUAUGCGCGGCUGUGGCGAUGGCCUGACCUGCACAAGAACGAACUGAAACAUGUGAAAUACUGUCAGUUUGCCUUUGACCUAAAGUGUGACAAUGUGUGUGUGAACCCGUACCACUAUGAGAGGGUGGUGUCUCCUGGAAUAGACUUAUCAUCUCUGACGAUCGGACACACUGUGGGCUCUGGUCCCGGCUCCUCUCGUAUUGUAAAAGAUGAGUAUGAUUUUGACGGUCCCCAAAGUCACCCCUCCAUCGAGUCAGGACAUGGUCUACAGACCAUCCAGCACCCGCCCUCCUCCUCCAGACCACCCCCACCGGAGUCCUUCUCCAGCCCCAGCCUCCUCACACCCUCUGAGGCAUCUACGUCUGCUGCUGCCCCUGCUUUCCCCACCAUCGCCGCUGCUUCUGGAGGAGCUAGUUCCUCUUGGCCUCGUAACUCCAGCUUCCCUCCAAACAUCCCUCAUCAUUCGAACGGACAUCUGCAGCACCACCCUCCAGUGCCUCACCCAGGACACUACUGGCCAGUACAUAAUGAGCUCGCCUUUCAGCCUCCAAUCUCCAACCAUCCAGCCCCUGAUUACUGGUGCUCCAUCGCGUACUUUGAGAUGGACGUUCAGGUUGGAGAGACGUUUAAAGUGCCCUCCUCGUGUCAUAUCGUGACUGUGGACGGAUAUGUCGAUCCUUCAGGAGGAGACCGAUUCUGUUUAGGUCAACUCAGUAAUGUCCACCGCACCGAGGCCAUAGAGAGGGCACGACUCCACAUAGGUAAAGGUGUGCAGUUGGAGUGUAAAGGCGAAGGGGACGUGUGGGUGCGGUGUCUCAGUGACCACGCCGUGUUUGUGCAGAGUUAUUACCUCGACAGAGAAGCAGGAAGAGCCCCAGGAGACGCAGUCCACAAGAUCUACCCCAGCGCGUACAUCAAGGUGUUUGACCUGCGUCAGUGCCACAGACAGAUGCAGCAGCAGGCGGCCACCGCUCAGGCGGCUGCUGCCGCUCAGGCUGCAGCUGUGGCUGGAAACAUUCCAGGACCAGGGUCUGUGGGAGGCAUCGCUCCAGCCAUAAGCCUGUCUGCAGCAGCUGGGAUCGGUGUGGACGACCUGCGCAGACUCUGUAUUCUCAGGAUGAGUUUUGUAAAAGGCUGGGGCCCAGACUAUCCUCGCCAGAGCAUCAAAGAGACGCCAUGUUGGAUCGAGAUUCACCUGCACCGAGCACUGCAGCUGCUGGACGAAGUUCUGCACACCAUGCCCAUAGCAGACCCACAGCCCUUAGACUGAUCAGGGCCUCAGACUGGACAAAUACAACCAGUGACUGCUUUUGGGGUUCACACUGCAAAAACUCUGUACCUACAUGAGAUAAAAUUAUUUGAGUUUUGAAUAUCUAUCUUGUUUUGAGGAUUUUUAUUAGGGCUGAUAUGGCUGUUAAGAACUGCAAUAUUGAUAUUAUUGCGAUAUUUUAAUAGACUCUUGAACUCAAUCAUGUCAGUUAUAAUCAAACAAAUACAUGCUUGAAAAUAAAAACUUAGGAGACAAAAUGAGCACUGCGGCAAGACUAAUGGACUUAAGGAACAUUUUUGUCAGACAGAGGACCUUGGUAUUAUCACGUUAUAUAUUUAGUAUGUUGCGAUAUUGAUACAUUUGCGAUAUUUUGUGCCACCCUAAUUUUUGUUUUUCUAGAUAAGAGUUCAAACUUCGCACCGUGUACCAUUAGGGCUGAAUGAUUUGGGAUUUUUCACAAUCCAAAGUUCACAUUUUAAACACAUCCAGAAAAAAUUUACAAAAAGACUGAAACAUGAACUGACAAACUAAUAUAAAAAUCACAUUUCAGAACAUGUUUGUACAGACCUAAACUACAGGGUUUGACAUUUUUAUGCAGAAUGAGACAGGAAUUAUGGUACUUCAGAAAUUGCACUUUGUGAUUUUUCAGUUUCAUCCAUUCAAAUUGUGAUUAAUCUUUCAGCCCUACUAGUAAAAACUACUCGAAACAAGAUAAAUAUACCAAUUUUAACCCAUAAUACUUCUGCAGUGUUGGGAGAAUUUUAUUUCUUGAAUGCUUUAGGAAUCUUUUAACUGUUUGUGUAACGGUUGACGGAUUUGUUUGAUAUGCAACUGGAUCUGUUACUUUAUAUGCAUAUUGCAUUGUUACAUUAGAAACAGUGUAUUGAGUGGAGCUUUGAUCAAGUUUGAUAAAGACUUAAAAUGUACAAAAUGUAGCUUUUGUGGUGAAGGGUCUGCCACCUUAUUGUGACCAUGGAAAUGUCAUUGCUUUGCACACUGUGACAUUAAAUGCUACAAUCUCCAAGCAAAAGACAACACCACCAAAUUUAGUUACUGGUCAGUUCUGUGGAGAGGCGCUAACAAUAAGAAUGUAUUUUUUGAGCAAUAAAAACACUUGUAAUUGAAUAAAUGGAUGCUGGAUAGGUCUAAUGUUAUACUGUGGAACUUUUCAAGCAAAGUAAGUCAUGGAAACAAGCAGGUAGAUGUCCCUCCACCAGAAAAGCUACAUAGUACAGCUUUAAAUGCAAUGUCAAUGAUGGUUUGAUUUCUACUGUAUAUGACCUGUGCUCUCGGCGUACAGAAAAGCACUUCUUUCUUUUUGAGCACUAUGAAUGGAAACUGAUUUUGAUUAAACACUGACCUGGACAUUA